AUGAAUGCUUUUCGAGCUUGUUCAUUGUUGUUACCAUCAAGUACAUUUCGUUUGGUGAGAAAAAAUUUAGUAUCAAAUAGUAACACAAGUACUCUUCGAUCCAUAGCAGAUCGUUUCGGUGUUAAACAUCGUAGUCGACGUUUUUUGAGAAAUUAUAUUAUAGCGAAUGGAUUGUUAUUUGGUGGUGGUAGUCUUUAUUAUUUUUAUUAUCUUACACCAAAAGAAAGACGUCAAAUAAGAGUUGUAUUUGAAGGUUUACAACGUGGAUUUCGAUCAUUUCAAAUCGGUUUUCUUAUUACAGUUGAUUAUAAAUAUCAUUUUUGGACAAUACCUGAAACAUCACCAGAAUAUGAAAUCAAACUUAAAGAAUGUCAUAAACGAGCAGCAGCUAGAAUAGCUCAAGGAUGUAUUGAAAAUGGUGGUUUAUAUGUUAAAAUGGGUCAAGGAAUGGUUAGUGCUGAUCAUAUUUUUCCAAAAGAAUAUACUGAUGGACUUCGACUAUUACAAGAUAGAGCUUUACGAAGACAACGAAAUGAGGUUAGUCAGUUAAUCGAUGAAGAAUUUGGCUGUCAAGUAUCUGAUUUAUUUUCUUAUCUUUCUCCUGAACCUAUUGCUGCAGCUUCUCUUGCUGAGGUUUAUGAAGGUCAUCUUAAAUCAACUAAUGAACGUGUUGCUGUUAAAUUACAAUAUAUUGAUUUACAAGAUCGUUUUGCCGGUGAUAUAUUAACUAUUCGUAUGAUAUUAUAUGCAAUUGGUAAAAUCUUUCCUAAAUUUGAAUUUGGUUGGAUAAUUGAUUCAGUAAAAAGUAAUUUAGAACGUGAACUUGAUUUUAAAUUAGAAGGUGAAAAUGCUGAUCAAUGUUAUGCUCAAUUAUCACCAUAUUUAAAAUAUAUUUAUGUUCCAAAAGUUUUUUGGGAAUAUACGACAAAACGAGUACUUGUUAUGGAAUAUAUUGAUGGUAUUAAAGUUUCAGAUACAGAAAAACUUCGACAAACAAAUUUAUCAUUAAAAGAAAUUGAUACGAAACUUGUUCAAGCUAUGGCUUUUCAAAUAUUUCAUUCCGGUUUUGUACAUGCUGAUCCUCAUCCAGGGAAUGUUUAUGUCAGAAAAGAUCCGAAAACACCAACGAAAUCAAACGUUCAAAUUGUUUUACUUGAUCAUGGUUUAUAUGUAACAAUUAAUCCAAAAGACCGAGAAGCUUUAUGUCAAUUAUGGAAAUCAAUUAUAUUGAAGGAUGAAGAUAAAAUGAAACACUAUUCACUAGCACUUGGUGUACAAGAGAAAGAUUAUUUAACAUUUGCUACUGUUCUAACUAUGCAUCCAAUUCAUCGACCUAUACAUGAAUUGGCAAUAUUACCUGAAGUAUGGGAUCGAAUGUCAUCUGAUGAACAAAAAGCAGCACAUGCACAAGGAAAAAUUCGUCUUCCUACUGAAAAAGAAUUUUUAAAUAUGAGUCCACAAAAAAAAUUGGCGAUACGUAAAGAUUUUACAUUUAUUUUCAAUGAUAUUCAAGAUAGUGUCUUACGAACUCUUCAUGAUAUGCCUCGACCAUUAUUAAUGAUAUUAAGAUUAAAAGAAUUUGGAUUAUUCUAUUGUUUUGAAAUCAUAUAUAUAUAUAUAUGUAUAUAUGUAGAAAAGUAUCAUCGUUUAUUUGCGGAAAUACUUAUUAUGCAAUCAUUACGUUCUCGACAUGGUAGUGUAUCAUUCCGACAGAAAAUAACUAAAGAGGAAAUGGAUCGAAUACGAUUAAAAGCUCGAGAAACAAUGGAUGAAGUUAUUUAUGUAUUCAAGCAAUUACCGGACAAGCUUAUUCUUGUUCUCAGGAAUUUAAAUCAAAUACGAUCAACAAUUCGGGAUCAUGGAAAUCUAAUUGAUCGACAUACUAUUAUGGCUCGAAGUGCUAUUUUGGGUGCUCGAAAAUAUGAAAAACCACAAAGAUUUUUCAAAGAUCGUUUUUAUGCACGAUUAGAAUUAUUUAUUUUUGAUCUGAUACUUUUCAAAGAUCGAACAGAACGAUGGUUUAAAUAUAGAUUCUUGAAAAUAUUAGUGUUCUUUGGAUAUAUUUCAAAAGAAAUUGAACAUAUGGUUGAAGCAUUUCAAUAA